UUUGCCCGGCUCCGGCAGCAGCGGUGGCCAUGGCACUGCACGGCGGCGGGCGCUGGGCGCGUCUGGGCUCUGCGCUGCGCGGCCGCAGCUCGGGGCCGCGGUACGCCGGGGACACCCCGCAGCACCGCGACCUGCGGGAGGCCCUCCGAAAGAUCAUUGACAAGGAGAUUAAUCCCUUUGUGGAUAAGUGGGAAGAAGAAGGACAGUUCCCAGCACAUAAAGUGUUUAAAAUCCUGGGACAGGCUGGAUUCCUUGGUGUGGAUAAGCCAACAGAAUAUGGUGGCAUGGGUUUGGACUUCUCCUAUAAUAUUGCAGUGGCAGAAGAGCUGGGAAAUAUCCGUUGUGGAGGUAUUCCCAUGGCCAUUGGAGUGCAAGCUGGCAUGGCUACCCCUGCUCUUACAAGGUUUGGUUCUCAUGAGUUGAAAAAACAGUUCCUCGUACCAACAAUAGCUGGUGAUUUUGUGGCUUGCUUGGGAAUCAGUGAAGCUGGAGCUGGGUCAGAUGUUGCAAAUAUCAAGACAACGGCUGUGAGAAAGGGCGAUGAAUAUGUCAUAAAUGGUGGUAAGAUGUGGAUUACGUCCGGGAGCCAGGCAGACUGGAUGUGCCUCCUGGCAAACACCAGCGAAGGACCUCCCCAUCAAAAUAAAUCUCUCAUAUGUCUGCCAAUGAAUCUACCUGGCAUUCAUGUUGCUAAAAAGAUAGACAAACUGGGUAUGAGGUCAUCGGACACAGCUCAGAUCUUUUUUGAAGAUGUAAGGGUCCCCUGCAAGAACCUCAUCGGUGAGGAAGGAAACGGUUUUACAUACCAGAUGUUGCAAUUCCAAGAAGAGCGGCUGUGGGGAGUAGCCAGCGGUAAGUCAUCCUUCGUGCUUCUGCAGGGACACAGGGGUCACUCUUUGCAUGACUCACAGCACUUUUCUUUUCUGGUUUUGGCAGUUUGGCAGUUCCAGGGCUCAAGUGAGAUAGAUGUCUUCAAGGUACAAGGAGCCCUGAUACCAAUGGAAACUGUUAUACAAGAAACUAUUGCCUACACACGGCAGCGGAAGGUGUUUGGCCAGCCUGUCCUGCACAACCAAACCGUGCACUUCCGCCUGGCCGAGCUGGCAACCGAAAUGGAGCUCCUGCGCUCGCUGCUGCACCGCGCCGUGGCUCUCUAUGUAGAAGGCAAUGAUGUGACAAAAUUUGCUUCCAUGGCUAAGCUAAAGGCUGGUCGUCUGACCCGUGAAGUGACUGAUAGCUGUCUCCAGUUUUGGGGAGGAAUGGGAUUCACCAGUGAAGUUCUCGUGAGUAGGCUUUACAGGGACUUCAGAUUGAUGUCAAUAGGAGGUGGCUCAGAUGAAACCAUGCUUUCCAUCAUAUGCAAAUACAUGGACAUACUUCCAAGAAAGUGAUGCAUCUGCACUCUUCCUUGAAAAUUAAGAAACCAUAGCUGGACUUGUGCUGCACACUCAAGGGGUACAGAUCACUAAUUUUGCCAUCAGAAAGCACAUCAAGGUCUUUCACCAUUACCACUCUGUGUUUUCCAGUGUCAAAUUUUUGUUGAUAUGAAGCACUCUGAAAGCUUGCAGCCUCCUGCAUUCCAUUUUUUCAGUGGGUUACCUGUUUUCCAAUGACCCAUGCAAAACACACAGAAAAAAAUAUGUUCUUUAAUCAAGCUUUACCUACACUUCACAGCAUCUAAGCUGAUAAUUACAAAACAGAACUUCCAUAUGAAUGGAAGCUUUGUAGCUUAAUCUCAUUUCAGUAUAGCUUUGCUUUCAAGAUGAAUAAUUAUGGCACAAAUUAUUCCCUGCCAUAAUGAAACCACAGAAUAGUGCCUUUCCUCUCAAUUACAGGUACCUUCCCUAUCUUUCACUUUUGGCAAGCAAUCAUUAAAAUGAGCUCUGUCAUCUUUGACAAAUCCAUAUAAAUUUGUACUCCACUCUGCCAUGGACUUUUGGUGAUGGGAGUAGUGUUAAGUUUUUAUUUGCAGAAUUCUACAAACAACUGUUUAAGUGUAUCUGAAACUUGCAGAGGCUGAACUUCAGCAGCAAUGUACCAUGUUGUAUGCAUAAUUAUUAAGAAAAAUAUUAAAAAAAACCCCAUUAAUAUGAAAACUGUGCAUAAUUACUUAAAAUCUUCCUAAAACAGACAUUUAAGCUGGAUGAGGCAGCCUGUAUUAUUGAUUAAAAAAUAAAAAUUGCCCCUUAAAUACAGCACAAUUUCCAAAAAAUACACUGGUAUUCUACAGUAGAAAAAGAUGUAUAUAAACAACACUAGCUAGGAUAAUACUACAGGGACACUUUAUUUUUAAGUUCAUAAUUGGUCAUUAAUGGUAACAUAUCAUACAGUAUUUCUAAAAAAGUUUUUGAAAAAUUGUAGAUACAAUUUUGAUAUCUAGCAAACUUAUUUUUUUUUAAUGUUAAACUCAGCAAUGCAAUACCCUCAAUGAUUAGAAACUACUUGGUGAGCCAAAACUAAGUCUUCAAAAUAAAGUACCCUAAUGUGACUGCACCUCCAACAAAUGCAUCAUAAUAUACAUUAAUAUAAAAUUAAAAAUAUCUGCCACUGUAUUUCAGACAUCAUGCACUGUAGAUUUAGGACUAUCACUAAUUGAAGAGUGAACACACUUAAUGGUGAAAGUUCAAGUGAUUCAAUUGAAUCAUUUCAGUUUUAAAUACUUUAAAUAUAAAGAAAACAUUUGUACUGUGUCCAUAUUGGUUGGUCCCAAUGAUGAAAGGCAUUUGCUUAAAAGAGUAGAUGCGUAAACAUGAUCUGUCACAUUUAAAUUAAAAAAUAAAAAAUCUAGUUUUAAGUAACUUCUUGCCAAAACACCCAGCUAAAGUUACUUAAACAUUAUCAGAUCUAAACACAAAAGUAAUUUUUGGGGAUACCACUAUUACAUUUGCUAGCUUCAGGUCAGCUUUUAAAACUCCACAGGUAAGAUCUGUUUAGAAAGAUCCACAUAUUCUUUGUCAUCUUGCAACUGAAAUUACUGAGAUAUGCCAUAUACUGAAAUAUGCCUGAAACUGGAGCUCUAAUUUAGAGCAUGGCCCAGAAUGAAAAGCAGAAUGAAAAAGAAAGCUUUGAAAUUCUGCAAUUACUUCAUUUUCAAAUAACUACUGUUCUUUGAGUUUUUUCAAUCAAUUCUAAAAACUAUUUUCCCCUAAAAAAAUCCAUCCCACUAUGCUAGUUAUUUCUGCAUAUUUACAAAUAAUCCCCCCAAAACAGGGAUGAUGGAAAAACUCUGAUAC